AUCGUCGUCGUCGAGAUACGAUCACGUCGGAACCGAAGCGGUGCCCUGGUCAACGUUCAUCGGCGGCGGCGGCAGCGCGGCCAUUAUUCGAAAUUCGGUGGGUCGCGCCACGGAUCGCGGCGUUGCCAGCGUUCCCGUUCUCCGCGGUGCGUAGCCGCGAUUAUUUCAACGUUCCCCACGACGACGACGGCGGCGGCGGCGGAGGCGGAGGCGGCGGGGACACGGACGCGGACGCGGUUCCUGGAAGGAGUCAUCGUCAUCCCUGCGUCACGGCCAAUGCUAGAAGAAGCGCGAGCUCUUAUCUCGUAAGCGCGUAUUACAACUUCUCUGUUCUCUCCCAUCGCAGGCGACAGGGAAGUGCAGUGAGAAGAGAGUGAGAAGUGAGAAAGCAAGGACGAAGAAAGAAUAGAGAGUACUAGGCAGCGUGUGUGUGCGUUAGCGUUGUAUUAUCGUUCAUCUCCCUGCGGAUCGAAUCCUGAUUUUUCGCGCUCGGACACUUAUUUUGUUUUUUCUCUUUGUGCUACACUCGUCGGAAGCGCAGCGAGAGCGUAGUGGAGCGCGUAGUGGCGACGAUAGAGCGCGACGAAAUAUGAGCGCACGAGUGCUGAACCCGGCGAUGAUGACGGAAAUAAGCAGGAACCUGAGCAGCGGAGGUGGCGGCGGCGGCGGUAACGGACGAGCGGCGCCGAGCAGGGCCGCGCUCGCCCGCGUGCGACGCGAUCUCUUCGGUCCGGUGGACCACGCGGCGGCUCAGGCGCUCGCCGAGCGCGAAUUGCGGGCUCAGUCGCAACUCGAUGCCAAUCGAUGGGGAUUCAACUUCCAGAAGGGUGCACCUCUUAAAUCGAACUCGCGUUACGAGUGGGAACCGCUCACGAAGCACGACGUCGUGCCCGAGCCCUACGCCCUGCGCGGUAUGCCCUUCCUCAGGAAACACGCGCCUGGGACACCGCGCAAAUUGCGCUUCGACGACGCCUUAACGACCACCGCGUUGUCCUCGACCUCAGCAUCGUCGAUGACAACGACGGUAUCGACAACUGCGGCGACGUCGUUGACAGCGAUCACGACCACGGUGACGAGCACGAGGAUUAUGGAGCAACUGGAGACGACGUUCGUCACGCCGGCACCGUCGGCCGAGAGGACACCACCGCAAGAGCCCCGAGUGCCUGAGAUCGGCGAGGCUACGACGCCUAGUCAACUUCUCAAUCCGGAUACCAAGAGGAAGAGGUGCGCGAUAGAGCCGACCACUCCUGUACUACCUUCUGCCGCGAGGAAACAGUCCGCUAUCACUGACUUUAUGAAGAGUCGUAAGCGCAACCUGAACGGUACCACAAAGAGCAUGAUAGAGCCGCCGGAGAAGAUCGCUCGCAACGCGGGUCAGAUACGCAGCUAAAAAUCCUUCAGCUUUCUUAUUCGAAUGUCGCCUUUUUCCACCUCGUUUGUACACAACGGGAGACAGUACCGGAAGUGAGAAACUGCAUUACCGUGUGGAAUAACGGGGAAAGAAGAGGGGUAGGGACUCUGACAGGAGGCGCGAGGUCCGCGUUGGCUGUGCCAUUCAUAUAGUUUUAUCCGCCAUGAGCGCAGGCGAAAUGAAUGAAUAAAAAGAAAAAAAAA